AGCAUUUGCUUCCACGUUAAAUAUGGCUGAGACUGCACAACCUAAUGCUGAGUUGUUGGAAUGGCCGAAGAAAGAUAAGCGCCGCUUCCUUCAUGCUGUGUACCGUGUUGGUGACCUUGAUCGCACCAUCAAGUUUUAUACUGAAGCUUUUGGAAUGAGGCUCUUGAGGAAAAGGGAUGUUCCCGAGGAGAAAUAUGCCAAUGCUUUUCUUGGAUUUGGCCCUGAACACUCCAACUUUGUUGUGGAAUUGACAUAUAAUUAUGGGGUUACAUCGUACGAUAUUGGAACUGGAUUUGGACAUUUUGCUAUUGCAACUCCAGAUGUUUACAAAUUGGUUGAAGACAUCAGGGCUAAGGGUGGAAAUGUCACUAGGGAGCCUGGUCCUGUUAAGGGCGGGUCAUCGGUUAUUGCCUUUGUCAAGGAUCCUGAUGGUUACACUUUUGAGCUCAUCCAAAGAGCUUCAACCCCUGAGCCACUGUGUCAAGUAAUGCUUCGUGUUGGUGAUUUAGAGCGCUCGAUUAAGUUUUACGAAAAGGCUUUAGGUAUGAAGGUGGUGAAGAAAGUUGACAGACCUGAAUACAAGUACACCUUAGCUAUGCUUGGAUAUGCAGAGGAGCACGAGACAACUGUGUUGGAGUUGACAUAUAACUAUGGUGUCACCGAAUACACCAAGGGAAAUGCUUAUGCACAGGUUGCUAUUGGUACCGAUGAUGUAUACAAGAGCGCUGAGGUAAUCAACCAUGUAACACAAGAGCUUGGAGGAAAGAUUACUCGCCAACCAGGGCCAAUUCCUGGCAUCAACACCAAGAUUGUUUCUUUCUUGGAUCCAGAUGGAUGGAAAACUGUGUUGGUGGACAAUGAAGAUUUCCUGAAGGAACUGCAGUGAACAGCUCUGCUGGCUUUUCACAAAAUAUGAAGUAGUACUUCUUCUGUACGAAUAAGAUAAGAUGUGUCAUGUGUGUCUAGCUUUGAGUAGUGAUGAGCAUGUUUCUUUAUGCAUAUGUAAUGUAAUUGACUCAAAACUCGGUUAAUAAAACUCUUAUUUCCACUGUGCUUCAUAAAAUAACAGUAUUAUACAUUCUAGGACCAAAA